AUGUCAAAGAAGAGAAAGUUGGAGGAAUUUGAGACUGUUAAGCUGACAGAGGAGUGUAGUGCCAUAAUUCAGAAGAAGCUCCCUCACAAAUUGAAAGAACCAAGCAGCUUCAACAUCCCGUAUAAUAUUGGUGGUAUUACAUUUGAUAGGGCACUAUGUGACCUUGGAGCUAGCAUAAACUUGAUGCCCAUAUCAGUGUUCAAAAAGCUAGGUCUUGGAAAAGUGAAUCCCACAACCCUUACCUUGCAACUGGCGGACAGAUCGAUCACAUAUCCCAGAGGCAUUAUUGAAUAUGUGUUGGUGAAGGUUGAUAAGUUCAUCUUUUCGGUGAACUUUGUGGUAUUGGAUAUGGAGGAGGAUGAAAAAGUACCGUUGAUUCUUGGCCGACCUUUCCUGGCUACUGGGAGAGCAUUGAUUGAUGUGCAAGAAGGAAAGUUGACACUAUGA